AUGGGGAAGACAAGAGGUCUUUAUAAGAAAAUUAGAGAAAUUAAAGGAAAAUUCCAGGCAAAAAUUGGAAUGAUAAAAGAUAGAAACGGGAAAGAUCUGAAAAAUUGUGAAGCAGAGGAUGUUAAGGAAAGAUGGGCAGAAUAUGUAGAAGACCUAUACAAGAAAGAACUGCAUCAUGACAGGGCUCCUAGUGCUGAUGUUAAUGUUAAUUUAGAACUAGAGCCAGAUAUUUUGGAGAGCGAAAUCCAGUGGGCCCUUGAAAAUAUGGCUGAUAACAAAACUAGUGGACAUGGUGAAAUACCAGAAGAAUUGUUUAAAGUCACUGGAAAGGAUGCAGUGAAAGUGCUGCACUCAAUAUGUCAAAAAAUAUGGAUCACGCAGCAGUGGCCAGAUGACUGGGAAAGAUCAGUAUUCAUCCCCGUUCCAAAGAAGAAAAGUUCUAAAGAAUUCUCAGAUUACCGAACAAUCGCACUUAUUUCACAUGCUAGCAAAGUUAUGUUGAAAAUCUUACAAAAUAGACUUCGCCAAUAUCUAGAUCGAGAGCUACCAGAAGAACAAGCUGGAUUUAGGAAAGGAAGAGGAACUAGAGAUCAAAUUGCUAACAUUCGGUGGAUUAUGGAAAAAGCGAGAGAAUUCCAGAAAGAUGUGUACCUCUGCUUUAUUGACUACGCCAAAGCCUUUGACUGCGUCGAUCACAACAGAUUAUGGAACAUGUGUGUACCAGAUCACCUCAUUCAUCUGAUACGGAGUUUAUACCUUGACCAAGAAGCCACGGGUAUCUGGGGCCCCGUCACCACGUCCAAAGUGGGCCUCGACGCCUGGAUCUCCGACUUGGAGGCUGCAAUGGCGCUCCGAGACGGAGGAGCCCGGCAUGUUGUGGCGCGGUCUCAUGCAAACUGGAGUCUUGGUGUCUGCGACGCAUCCCACAGGUGGUCCGAGUCGAAUGUUAGUCUACAGUACAGACGGUGUCGAACGCUUUCUGUAGCUUCCAACGGCUUCGACGCCGACGCGGCACUAAAGUGCGAGUUUGGUUUUUUUGUCAUCCGGAAACGCAGAGCCCGCGGCUCGGCUGCAGGCGUGUCGGCUGCACACGAGAGUGUCACGUCCGCCUCUGUUCCGUCCGCUGUGUUGUGUAGUGUCGUGCGCCGUGCUGCGGCGGUGCUGCGGCAGAGCGGGCUGCGGGCUGCGCUGGUGGGCGGGUCGCCGAUCGAUGCCGUGCGCCGGCGGCGCCAGCUCACCCACACACCCUCGCACCGCCCGCCUGGCCUUAUUUUAACUCAUUUCCUACCGCCGCCCUCACCAUUCAUCCUGCACUGCUAA